AUGCAUGAGGCAGCGAAGGUAGCUGCCACGAUGAUCCUCCAUUGUAUCUUCUCCGUUGUCGUCGGAGUCGCGUCUGCCCUUAUUCUCCCUACUUUGGGCCCCCGGCCUGAGCUGGGAUAUUUGGGUGCUCUCGACUCCGAUGAUCUCUUCUCAGAGCUCGGCAAGCAACUCUCCCCGGGUGCCACCAUCAUCCGUCGAGACAAUCCCGUGGUUGAGGUUGACGAUGAGGAUGACGUACAGAAAACGGUCUGUUUCGCAAACAACCAUUCCCUGCCCUUUUUGGCUAUCGAUGGAUCACACGGCUUCAUCUCCACGUUAGGGAGGAUGCAGGGCGGCAUUGCUAUCUCGUUCAUGAAGUUGAAACAGAUCAAGAUCAAUCCCAGUGGCGACUAUGCUGACUUGGGACCGGGGCUCACCAACGGUGAGCUCAUCCGAGGUCUCUGGGCCGAAGGCAAGCAGACGGGCAUCAUGCUCGGGGGUGGCCAUGGCUAUCUACAGGGUCUCUUUGGUCUUCUGGCCGACCAGAUUUUGGAAGCUCAUGUCGUGCUGGCAGACGGCAGCUCGGUGAUUGCCUCACAAAAGUCACACCCGAAUUUAUUGUGGGCGCUCAAAGGCGCUGGACACAAUUUCGGCAUUGUUACCCGCCUGAAGUACAGAAUAUACGACCGUCUAUCCAACAACUUCCUCAGAGAAGAUGGCCAGCCUCCACAACUCAUCAACUGGUACAACUUCAUGAGAAGGCCCGAUAUCGACUCGAAUAGCGCUGUUAUCCAAAUGAGGAUGAUCUACGCCGGGGAUCUGUCGGGACUGGAGCAGUACGCAGCUCCCUUCCUCGCCCUCGGGCCCGCGAGCGUGGAGAACGUCACGGUACCUUACCCCGAGCUCUUCCGCAUCAAUCGCAGCGACGAGUCCAGCCAGGUGGUCUGCGGGAAGGGCAUGUACCGACACCUGUUUCCCACCUAUCUCAAGCGCCACAACACCACUGCUCUGCGGGAAGUUCACCGCAUCUUCACCGACAUGACGACCAACUCCCCAGUGUGGGGCUAUACCAACCCGGCGUACUCAAACGACAUCAUCGCAGCAUCCAAGGCGAUGCGACAAGCAAUGGUGGACGGCAGCGGAUCGGAGCAACUCCACGCCUACGUCAACUAUGCGUUUGGCGACGAGUCCCCGCCGGAGAUGUAUGGCUAUGCGCCCUGGAGGAUGCAGAAGCUGAGGGAGCUGAAGAAGAAGUAUGACCCGAAGGGCAGAUUCAACUUCUAUGCUCCUAUUGGAAAGCCGAGCGACUGAACCCAAGUACCUGUAGGUUGUUGAAGGGGAUUGGCGCCUAAGGCCAGGCGACAUUCGACGUAGACAGUACCUUUGCCAGGCGUCAUCAACGUAAAGAAGAUACAUGUGUGCUGAGGACAACUAGUGGCACGGUUUGGGUGGGUGUCUUAGUACGAGUCAAAUAUAAGGUAUAUCUCGGUCUGGGAAUAUGAUUUGCAACUAGC